AUGAAAAGUAUCAUGGAAGAAGACUCGUCAAGUGAUAAUUCAUCUCUCCUCAGCAACAACUCUGAUGAAUGUUCUUGCAGCACCGAUAGCACGAGUGAUUCAACAGGUACCGACGAAUUUGCGGAUUAUAUUUUUGGUAACUCAGGACGAGGCGGGGGUGUAACUACCUCCACAUGUUCAAGGGGCGAGAUGGACGGUGUUUUGUAUAGGAGAAGACCAGUUAGCGAGGGAUGUGUUUCUCAUUUGCAUCAUAAUUUAAGUAUAGAGCAUAGGAAGUUAGAUACAAGUAGGAGUAGUAGUAGUAGUUUUAGGGAGAGUGAUUCUUUUGAGAGAGCAGGAUCCAACCAUUUUAGUUAUAUAAAUUCUGGUGUAUCAUAUAGAAAGGCAAGAGAAAGAACUGAUUGA